CACCCAAUGUACCACCUCGAUGCCCAUCCUCUUCGGAUCCAUGACUUGUUCCCCCCUCGUCUUGUCUCGAUUCUUAACGCUGCUAAUUACUUGACUGCCCAAUUGAUCCAGCACGGUGAGCCAUGGUCCUCACGCGGGUCCGGCUGCUGCUCGUCGUCCUACUCGUCUCUCUGUACCUUUCUCUGCGAUCCUCCCUAGCGACGCAGCUGUACCUGUUGCUGCGACUUCCCUUUGUCUGGACCGAUUCGUCCGCCGAGUCCGUCAUCUCGCUCGAGCGUGACCGUUUCGACGUCACCUUUCAUUCCUACCCGGCGUUGCCCUCCUUCGACGACUCGGACCCCUCUGCGACGACCUCCACUGCAGAAUCCGAGCUGCGCGUCCCCGUCCGACUGCAUCACAUCCACCUAGGGACCGCCGAACUGCGACCCGAGUGGCAGACCGCGCGGACCGAAUGUCUGAAACACCACCCGACCUGGGAACCCUAUCUCUGGGACGACGCGGCCGCCACGCGCCUCGUGCGCGAAGAAUUCCCCGAGAUCGCCGGGCUCUGGGAGAGUUACCCGUACCUGGUGCAGCGCGUGGAUGCGCUACGGUAUAUGGUGUUGUACAAGUACGGAGGCGCUAUACUAGACUUCGAUCUCGUCUGUCGACGACCACUUGACCCUCUUCGUCAGUUCGACUUUGUUGCCCCCGCGGCGCAUCCGGCGGGCUUUUCGAUUGGAAUGAUGCUCGCCUCGCCGAAUCAUUCGUUUCUGGCCGAUCUCGUACAUCAUCUGCCGGCAUUCAAUCGGCGGUGGUUUCUGUUGCCGUAUGCGACUGUCAUGUUCAGUGCUGGGUGCCAUUAUGCUUCGACCAUCUAUACCAUGCAGCGCAACCGUACUAGCCUACGUAUUCUCUCCGGACCCCCUACCGAUCCAAACAUGCACAUGCUCAACGGAUUCGUGGACACGCCGCUAUUUCAACACCUGGGGACAUCGUCCUGGCAUGCGCAUGAUGUGACCGCAUUUCGAGUAUUGAAUGCCGCUCGAAGAAGUUGGACAUGUCUGGUCGCAUUUGGGAUUGGAUUUGGGGUUGUUGUGCUGGUUGUGGUGGGGACGCUUGGGGUUAUGCGACGGUCUUCGAGGCGGGAUGGGUCGGUGAUAACUAAGGCGGCGUAGGCGUUUAUUUACUCCUGCUAGCUUGGGUGAUAUGGUGGCGGUUCUGGAUGUUUGGGUCUUGUCAUUUCUUUUCGAUUGUCGCUACUUGGU